ACAGACAGACAGGCAGGCAGACAGACGACAUCUCAGGGUGGAGAGCAGCGUUAAAGCGCCCGUUCAUUGCAUUCAUUGACGGUAAAUUGACGGUAAAAUAACGGGCUUCCGCCGGUAUGAACACGGAGGAGACGAACGUGGAGCUGAAGGAUGCUGAGACCAAAGAUGCUGAGCCGAAGGAUGCGGCGGAUCCCGCUCAGGUCGCCGCAGAUGCGGACGCGACGGAGGCCGACGUGAGCGAAGCCGAUCUGGACCAGGAGGAGCAGGAGAAGCAGCCGAUGACCGGCGGAGGAGACCAGGCCGAGGAGGCUCCGGCGGAGAAAAACGGCUCCGUGAAGCUGAAGAUCCCCGAAGAGGCGGAGGAGGUGAAAUUCACCGGGCUGAACAAAGAGGAGCUGCUGAGGGUGGCCGGGACGCCGGGCUGGGUGCGGACCCGCUGGGCGCUGCUGGUGGUGUUCUGGCUCGGUUGGUUGGGGAUGUUGGCCGGGGCCGUCCUCAUCAUCCUGCGGGCUCCUCGCUGCAGAGAUCUACCCGCCACCGACUGGUGGAACGACGGCCCGCUGUACCAGAUCGGGAGCAUCCAGGCCUUCAGCGACGCCGGCGACCUGAAGGGUCUGGAGCAGAAGGUCAGCAGUCUGUCGCAGCUGAAGGUGAAGGGUCUGGUGGUCGGACCGAUCCACGUCGCUCCGGCGGACGAAGCCAUGAACCUCAGGUUCGAGGAGAUCUCCCCCGAGGCCGGGAACCUGGAGCAGUUUAGAGGCCUGGUCCAGGCCGCUCAUAAGAAGGGUAUUUCUGUGGUUCUGGAUCUGACUCCAAACUACCAGGGAUCAUCCGGACCCUGGUUCGCCAACAUCAGUGUGACCAAUGUAGCCGAGAGACUGAAGUCUGCUCUGGUGUUCUGGUUGGAUGAAGGCGUGGACGGCGUGCAGUUGUCGGGGGUGGAGCGGGUGGCCAGCGUGGUCCCAUCUCUGUGGACUGACAUCCGAGCCAUCGUCCAGAAUGGGACCGACAAGCCGUCCACAAAGAGAGUCCUGAUCGGCGUCACAGAGCGCUCCUCGGCUGAAGACGUGUCCGCCCUCCUCUCCUCCACCGGCGUCGACCUGCUGAUCUCCAGGGUGCUGCGCCCGGGCCACGCCGAUGCCGCGGAGCACGCUCAGUCCGUCCAACUCUUGUAUUCGUCCCACAGCCAGACCAAGCUGGCCUGGAGCCUGGGGGGGCGGGCCGAGGGUCACCUGGCAUCGCUGGUGGGCCCGGCUCUGGUCAAAACGCACCAGCUGCUGCUGCUCACGCUACCCGGGACGCCCGUCAUCAACUACGGAGACGAGAUUGGCCUGAUGGACGAGGCCACCAAGUUUCCCAGGAUGCUUUGGGACUCUGACAAGGAGCUGAACGGGACUGAACAGGAGGAGCGGGCCGAGCGUCUGUCGUGUCGCGGUUUCUUCCGCAGUCUGAGCGAGCUUCGUGGUAAAGAGCGCUCCCUGCUGUUCGGAGACUUCCUCCUCCUCUCUAACUCCUCCUCCUCGCUGGCGUACCUGCGGGUCUGGGAUCAGAGCGAGCGUUACCUGGCCGCCUUCAACUGGGCGGAGGAGGCGGCGGAGCUGCAGCUGAGCGGCGCGGCGCUGCCUCGGCAGGCCGCGGUCGUGCUCAGCACCGACAGCGGCGCCCCGCCCGCAGACCGCAGCGUGGACCUGACGAAGCUGCAGCUCGGCCCCGGACAGGCCACGCUCCUCAGGUUUCCCUACACUGGAUAG